GCAAUUCAAGUCUGCGCAUAUCCUAUGUAAACACCAUUUUAAAAUCCGAAUGCACGCCGCGAGUGACAUCGUAGUGUCAGUCCUUGUGAAGACGCUUUUUUGAUACUACUUUACUUUAAUGGUUUAAUUAAUAUGUGAAGAAUAAGGGGAAUUGUUGAAAUAAGGAGGAAGAAGAAGAAAUGGCUUUGAAUAGAAAGCGAGGAAGUAGUUUUUUAAAUCAGACAGAUGUAGAAAACAGCAAUACAAACCACAAGGACAGUACACAUUUAUUACAGAAAAGACCUUGUUAUGAUCUCAGGGUAUCUGCUCACAUUACCCAUUUAUCAGGAAAUAAUGAAUCCACAUUUAACAUGAAUAUCAACAACCGUGUCUUCUCUCAAAACCAAACUGUCACAGCUGAAUCCAUGGAGGUGAGCACUGCACCACCAGUGUAUUACUCUGACAUAAACUGCUCUAUACAGGGUUUACACCUGUACCCAGUAGUGAGGAGGAGGUGUGUGCGCUGUCUGGCAGGAGAAUCUGGUCACAUUAAUCAUGUUCUUGGCUGAACAACACCAGUUAUGGUCCAUCGAAGUGGAGUGGUCAGUUCCUUCUUACUGAUCCUUGAAAUAAUAUCCAUGAAUUACUUGAAGAAAUGUAGUGUGGGUUCAUGCCACAAAAAGAGGACAUUGUAUGCUCUAGAUCUCAUUGUAUUUAGGAAUCAGGAUGGUCAAUUUAAACUUUGCCACUAGGAUUGAAUGUUUGUCAUACUUUCACUGCCUCUGAACUUGCUCUAAAAGGAUUGUGAAGUUUAAUUAUUAGUACAGUGUACUAUGUAAUCUAUCAUGUAACAUUUCUUAGUAGACAAUAUUUUAAAUCCAUGACAACACUUCUCAAAUUAAGUAUGAUAUCAUAUUAGCAUAUACCAAAAUCUGAUUUAAUAUGGACUCUAGUCAGUCUGAUUUCUACAUUUUAUAAAAGAUUGCACAGUGGAAUCUCCACAUAACCACUUUGUAAAAUUGGAUUAAAAAUAGUUUUUAGUAUGUGAUUAUAAGUUAAUUUUAUAUGCGUUCAUUUAGCUGUAUAGGAUUUAGAAUUUAGUUAUAUACAUUUUGUUUAAGAAUUUUAUAUCAGUUUAUAAUAUUAGCAUUAGGGAAGUCAAAGUAAAGAAACUUCCCAUUUGAUAUUUUCCAAUUUUACUCAGUUGAGAUGAUGCCCCUCAAUAAAGAAAUACUCCCAAAGAAUAUAUUGUAUGAUUAUGCUUUGUGAAAUUUAAAUUAAUCAAUCAUUAAAGAUAUCACUAAUCUGCUUUUUUAUGGCAUCAAUUGAAGUCAAAUAAUGUUUAAUGAUGUUUAAGUUGCAUGUGAAUUGAGGGCCUUGUAAUACAUUUAUACCAUUACUACCAGUUCCUUAUAUGACUCAGUCCACGUCAGAGGAUAGAGCAGAUAAAUCAUGAGGUGAGCAAAAAACUAAAACUGCUCCAUCUUCAUAUUUCAUAAAUUUGUCCCUCCAGGAUGUAGAAAUCCCCAAAUGAUGUGGUAAUGUAUAGUGUGUGCAAAGCAUAAUUAUUCAAACGAGUAUAGGUAAAUAUAGGUACCAUAUGAAACCAUUUCGUGGUAUUUGGUCUGGUUAAGUGGCAAGUACUUAACAAUUUAAUUUAAGAUGCACAUUAAUAUUAACAGAUGCUGUGUCACCUUUACAAACUUUUUGUCACAUGCAGUACAUACGUUAGCAUCAAUAUUUUUUCUGAAAGCAAAUUUGGUUCUGGGCAAAGUGACACCAAUUUUUCACUUGCUGUCCAGUUUGGUGCAUGUUUGCCUGAUGGAUUACACUUUCACCAAGAUUCACAGCAAAAUCAUUACUAUUACUUAUAUUUAUCGUACUGAAAAAUUGGAUCUAUUAACGUUAAAACUUUGAAUUACUGAUGAGUUAAAAGCAACAAAAUAAUUAGUCCGGUUGCUUAGGGUAAAAAAA